AGCUGCAGGGAACCGGACUUGCUGGUGGCGGCUCUGGCUCUGGCUCUGGCUUCCCUGUUGGGCGAUUGUGAAUCCUCCUCAGUUCCCAGCCCGGCGGAUCCCGUGAUCGAGCGGGAUCCGGCAGCCGCGGGGGCGCCCUUUGCCUGCCUUUCCCCUCUCUCCCCCUUGCCUGUGUGUACGCGUGAAUCCCCCCUGUGCGUGAGAGCCGGAGAAAGAGAAAGGGAAGCAAGAAGUGGAGGGAGGAGGAGGAGGAGGAGGAGGAGGAGGAGGAAGGCAAGAGCGAGAGGCUGCCCACUCGGGGUCUGACUGCGGCAUCACUGCCGGAUCGAAGCCCCCAGGAAGGACACACUCGGUAGCCGCCUUCCCUUCCCUUCCGCGCAUCCCUUGUCUCUUGCUUUCUCUCUCCAUCAUCAUCAUCAUCAUCAUCCCCACCCCUUUCCGAAAACGGGGUUAUAUCUCCAGCUCAGGGCAUCUCUCUCCCUAUUCUUCCUACUGCUUUCCCCAGUAGGGAAUAUCCUUAUCGCACCCUUCUGAAUCCCCAUCUCUCCCCCUUUCUCCCCAUCGUGUAGCUUCCCCUCCAAAAGACAUCCCCGACGUCCUUUUGUGGCUCCUUUUGGGGACAACCUUCCCCCCCUUUCCAGCAUCUCCCCAGUUCUCUCUCCCUCCCUCAAUCCCUCCUCUGUCUUCGCGCUCCUUCAUCCCUCAUCUCCCUCCUCCUCCUCCUCCUCCUCCUCCUCGUCUGCUGCAUCCUCUCCCCUCCCUUUGCCUCCCUCUCGCCUUUCCUGCCCUCUUCUUGCUCCAUUCUCCCGCUUUCCCUGCCCCAGCCUCUUCCUUCUCGGGUCCCUUUCCUUGCUCCUGCCUCUGUUUGUCUGCGGCUGCAUGAGCCUGACUCCUGACGCGCUCUGUUAUUCUCUCCCUCGCCCCUGCUGCUGCUGCUGCUGCUGCAUCCCUCUGCUGGCUCCCUUUUUCAUUCUGUCAUUCCCGCUCCCUCCCGCCCUCCCUCUUUUCCUCGCUUGCUGCAUUCUUUCCGCUGGUGCCCGGUUCGAUAUUUGCCACCCCAUCGCCCUCCCCGACCCGGCCUCAGCCUCUGCUGCAUUCAUUCCCUCCUUCCCAGCCCUCCAUCCCUCCGGAGAACACUGCACCCUUUCUCUCUUCUGGAGGAAGGAGACCAAACUUCUGGAUGGGGCCUUCAGGAGCGUCUUUGGGGGUAGAGUAGCCCCUCCUUGGCCCUGAAAGAGAGUGGCCCCGGAGCCUGCCUGCCUGCCAGCUUUGCCCCAGUCCUGCCAGAACAAAGACCCCCCUUGGCACCUCGGAGGCCCCCCAAAAAGGAGCAGGAAAGCAAUGCAGGUGCGGUGGAAGAGCAAGGAACUCCGAGCCCCAGUGGGAUUCUAACUGACCGCAAGGUCCUUGCGCUGCACUUGGCCAGUGGCUCCCCCUGUCGCCUAGGAUGAGUAACUGCAGCAGCCGCGCCCUGACCCUGCUGUCUAGUGUUUUCGGAGCGUGUGGGCUGCUCCUGGUGGGCAUCGCUGUCAGUACGGACUACUGGCUGUUCAUGGAGGAAGGGAUUGUGUUCCCACAGAACCAGACCACGGAGAUAGUCAUGGCGCUCCAUGCUGGCCUUUGGAGGGUCUGCUUCUUUGCUGGUCAGAAAAAAGGCAGCUGUGUUGCUUCUGAAUACUUCCUAGAACCGAGGCCUGACCCUGAUCCCGAAGGCCCUCUCGUUACGGAGAACACCGAAAACAUCCUCAAAACCAUCCGCACAGCAACCCCUUUCCCCAUGGUCAGCCUCUUUCUCGUCUUCACAGCAUUUGUCAUUAGCAACAUUGGACAUAUCCGCCCCCAGAGGACCAUCCUAGCCUUCGUUUCUGGAAUCUUCUUCAUCCUCUCUGGGCUCUCUCUGGUGGUGGGCCUGGUCUUGUACAUCUCCAGCAUCAAUGAUGAAGUGAUGAACCGUCCCAGUGGCUCCGAGCAGUAUUUCCAGUACCGCUACGGAUGGUCCUUCGCUUUUGCUGCUUCUUCCUUCUUGCUCAAAGAGGGCGCAGGCGUGAUGUCUGUCUACCUCUUCACCAAGCGCUACGCUGAGGAAGAAAUGUACCGUCCGCACCCGGCCUUCUACCGCCCACGGCUGAGCGACUGUUCUGACUACUCAGGCCAGUUCUUGCACCCCGAAGUGUGGCACCGCGGACGCAGCCCCUCUGACAUCUCCAGCGACGUUUCCAUCCAGAUGACUCAGAACUACCCACCAGCGAUCAAGUACCCCGAACAUAUGCACAUAUCCACCUCACCUUGCUAGACGCACCAGAGAACAUGCUGGACAAGGGGGCCAGCCUUUGCUUGCAGACUAUAUUGUCCUACCCCUACUUGCCUAGGAGACUCCUGUGAAGACACAAGUGGGGGCGUCUUUCCCCCACUUCUCUGAAGACUCUUUACCAUCUGCUCUGCUAGAAAUUGUCUUCUCUCUUUCUCUCUCUUUCUCUUUUUCUUUAUCCAGCUGGUGGGAACUUCAACCAACUUUUAAGAUUGCCAAUGCCUCCUCUCCUCAUUCCUGCUUGGAAACUGUCCUGAUCUUUUUCUCUCUGCUGGGAAACUUGGCUACCAAAUUGAAAAACCCCACCUCAAAGACUCGGUCAUAGAUGUCCUGCUCAUUCCUCCACAGAGCAGUGGAAUUUCCCAGUUCGGUUAUGCCGCCUCAGAAUACCUCUCCUUUCACUCAGGUGGUUGGAAACCCUAGCAGGGAGUGGCUCAUUUAUUUAGCAUGUUCUGUCCCUCUCAACGUUCUCCUCAAAGAAGACUUGACGAGAAGUAGGUUCCAAAACCAUCUAUAUCAUUCAGUACAUGAAAAGAAGAAUCCAAACAGUCAUUUUCCACAUCAAGCCAAUUUCUGACCAGAAAUGGUUCCAGGCCACCUUUUGGGGGGGGUCAAAACAAGUUCAACAACAUAGAUAGGAAAUUAUGAGCUUAAGUCUUGUUUUCUCACUAUAUAUAAAUGAUACCUCCUUGCCAUAUUCAUCCUCCACUCCUAAAGGCUCUAUUUCUUCAGUCAUAUCUGCCUAAAAAGAAAAUUAACUUUAUAUCCCCGUUUCUUAGGUGAUGGCAAGAAAUUUUAGUUUGGCCCAAAAUGCACAUCUUUUUCUGUAUUUUCUUUUUCACCAUUCUAGUUUGUGACAUAGCUCUGAGAUUAUUGCUAUGUUCAUGUAUCUCAAGAUAUCUAGCCCUUUCCAAAAAUAAUUAUCCAGUUGAUUACUUCCAAUAUUUCAACCUUGGACAAUCAACAUUUAGCAUGAAACUAUUUCCUUACCAUUUUUUCUGUAUCUUAACUAUCCUGACAGGAAAUAAACAGGUCACCAUUUGGGUGUGCUCGGCUAUGACCAAUUGGGCAACUGUCCUUUUUAUGUCUUUGUUAUUGCUUCAGACAUUUUCCCCUAAAUUCCAAAAAGCAAGUGCCACACCGUUUUAGAUUUGCUAAACUAUGGCCUCUUUCUGUCAAAAAAAAAUGACCUGAUUGCUCUGUGUUUUCCCCUCUGUCUUGUAUAACAUUUCUCCCAAUGCCUCACACCAUUUGCCUUCUUGCUGCUUCUGCUUCCUGGCUUGUCCACAAUAUUUACUUUCUACAACAGUUUGAAGGAGAAUCUACCAUCCUGUUUGAAGAGACAUUUUUAUUUAUACCCCCCGCCCCACAAGUGAGAGACAAUUAAAACACCGUUAUAGAGGGGUGAGGAAGUAACUGUCUUCCAGCCGUCAAUGCCUCAAAUAUUCUCACCCCGAAUUCAGUUGUUCAUGGCAUGGUACCCGUGGAAACGUAUACAAACUUGAGACCUUUCAGCCAGCAUGCUCCCUUCAGUUGUGAUAUUGCUUUGGGUCAUUGAGGCUAAAACUAAGGAUGGAAAGAAAGAGAGAGAAAGAGAGAAGGAAUAUAAUAUUAUCCAGCUUGCCAAGACAGAGUAAAUUUCAACUUCUUUGUUUCCCUUUUCCCUCAUAUAUUUUUACUCCCAGUAUUAUAAUCCUGCGCUCUUUGGUUCUUAAUGCAUUCAAAGGCUUCUUAUUUAUUCUGCAUUCUUAUACAUUUCACUUUUGCUUGCCAGUUCCUCCUUCUACCCAUUCUUUCUACACUCAUUUGUGUUUUUCCAGUCUGUUCAGUCAUUCUUUGUAAAUCUCCCAGUUUCCAUCUUCCUGUGCUUUCCUCAUUAUAUUAUUGUGUUUCCACUACUCUUGUGCUUUUGUAUAGAAUUGCUAUCUAUUUCUGUUUGUUUAAUUCAUAUGGCCCCAUUUUUGUUUUCAAGCGCUCCUUCCAGAAACGGGGCCUUUUUGAAUGAGCUGUUUUGUUCUUUCAUCUGAAUGAACAAAAAUUUUCAUCCCAUUGGCCAACAUGGGAGGGCUUCCAUACUCCCCUUCCUCCCAGUUUUAGGGCACUCGGCUGCAAGCCCUGGCAGCUAUGGGCUUUUUGAGUGUGUGUGUGGCCUGCAGGCCCAAAGAACCCGCAACUGCCAGGACUUGCAGCCGAGUGCCGAGAGCCUAGUAAGAGGCACUCUGUGCUCUGCUUGCCGCUUGGAGCUCAGCGGCAAGCCCUGGCAGUCACAGGCACUUUGGGCCUGCUAGCCACACACACACUCUCUUAAAGAGAGUCUCUUUCCAAGUUACUAUGUGUUGAAAAGUACAGGAGGGCCUUUAAAAUAAUAAUGAAGCCUGAAGAAGAGUCAAGGGCUGCAAAAACAGCAUCAAUGAGCCACAGACUGCGUUUUGCCUAUCCGGAAUCAGAGAAGGGUUUAUCCUACCAACCCAAACAACUCAAAUGAAUGCUGGAGAGAUCCUGAGGAUCAGUGAAAUGGUGAGACCCUCUAGCCCUGAAACGGAGAGGAAGGGGAGCGUGGGAAGCCCGCUCAUUGCCGCCAAUGGGCCGAAAAUCAGGCAACCAAACGGUUACUGUUCCCACUUCCCUUUCAUUUCACUGAUAUUUCCAUACCAGAAGGGGUGUACCGUUUCGUGCCAUCCAAAUGGAUGGUACGAAACGGAAACACGAAAUAAAUGGGUGACACAAAUAUCGGGCCCAUGAUUUCCAUGAUUCUCUAAGGAUUUAGAAUGCACAAGUGUUUUUCUUGUCCUUGCCCCUUCCUUCUACAUUUCAUCAAGUUGUUAAGAUUUGUUUUACAACAGAUAGAUUCCCAUUUCAUCCUUGCUUUUCUUUAAAAUUAUUUCAUUUUCAAUUCUUCCUUUCCUUGUCUUUCUGUAUUACUCAGUUCCAGCUACUAUUCAUCCAAGAAAGUACAGGGCUCAGGAAAGAAAGGAAACAUGAAAUGCAUUUUGAGACUAAUGAGACUGAUAAAAAAUGAGGUGUGAAAGGGAAGCUAAACUGAAGCAAUAUGGUUGAAGGGAGAGAAAAUUGUGUGCGGUGGAGAAAUGAUAGGAUACAAAUGAUACAAAUAAAUGGUACAAGAAAUUAGGAGAUACCUUUAAAUGAGAUGUUAUAUCAAAAGGUAGGGAGGGCAAGGGGAAACUAACGUGUUUCUCACUGGUCAAGCAUGAGGGGAAUUUCAAACUCAAAAGUACUUGAUGUCUAUCCUUUCACCCUACAUUGUAGCCGGGGCGGGCAUACAUUUUCGCCUUACUGUUUUUCUUUCUUAUUACCAAUCUAAUUUUCCAUUCCAUACUAGCAAAUCGAAAAUAUUUUCCUCUCUUCCACAUCUAAAGAAUAAAGGGAAAGUUUCAAUGCUACCAGGCUAACCAGAUUCCCAAGACAUUGAAAUAGGGUUUCCCCAACCAAAGUUCUCUGGAUUCCCAGGUUGUUGGGGAUUCCGGGCUUUCUUUUCUUUUCUUUUCUUUUUGUGUCAGGAGCAACUUGAGAAACUGCAAGUCACUUCUGGUGUGAGAGAAAUGGCCAUCUGCAAGGACGUUGCCCAGGGGAUGCCCGGAUGUUUGAUGUUUUACCAUCCUUGUGGAAUUCCAUGAGAGAUUGUGAUGGGAAAAAUAAACUUCUUUCUAGACGUAGAUAUAAAAAUGUGUAUGCAAAACUUCCCUGAGACGUGAAAAUAAUGUCUAAUUUCCAAGGUAAAAAGUUUUGGAAGAGCCAUGCUAGAAGAUUAAAAAGGAAGGAGUGAUACCCUAUUGGGAUUAUAUUUGCAACCAAUAUGGAAAUGUGUCCCCUUGUGGAGAGUGGGAGUGAGGACUGCCUGCAGGCACUCCUUGUCUCAGUUUGAGCCUGGCUUGGCAUUUACUACAUUAGAACCAGAGUGCAAAACAUUUUAUGCAUGUGCAAUAGGAAUGGAAGAGGAAGAGAAGCCAGCAAGGACUUUUGAAGGGUAAGGAGCAGAUGCCUGCGACUGCUCUCAUACCAUGGUUAUGAAAAGGGAUGGGAGGAAAAGAUGCCGCUGAAUCAGCUUAUGACAGAAAAAAAAAGUUCCGUUUCAUUUUUCCCACAUGCCUUCUUUUCCUCCUGCUGCUGAGUCAGCUCCAGCUGCAGUUAAGUUCACCUUCAUGCAUUGCUUUGGGAAUCAGAAUCCAGCACUGGCUCUGUUACAUAUGUAUGUGUGCAUAUUUGUGUGUACACUUAUUCUUGUUUAUCUAGUAGUCUGUCUGCAGCAUCACCUUUUCUCCAACCCCUCUCUUGUGAAAAGUAAGCAGGGGGGGCAGGAAAUCAUCUACUGCAAGAGAGUGCCUAUUGUUUUGUUUUGCUUGAAAGAAUAUCCCUACAGUUUAGGACUCUACAUUCCCGCAGGACUAAAAAUAAUGCAGAGAUGGAAAGUAGCUAUCGGGUGGGGUAGAUGAGAACAUUGCCCCCCAAUACAAAUUCUGCUCCUCCAUAUUAAUUUUUUCCUAAGUCCCAAAAUUUCAAACAUUGCAGAAAGUGACAACUGUUCAUAGUUUGGAAUAGACUAAGUGAACAGACAGUGAAAAAAAGAGGGAGAGGGGAUGGUCCAAGGGGCAAUGGAAGUCGCCCAACAGCCACAGAACUGGAGCAACCAAGGCAGAAGUCUUGUAGGCACCGGGUUCUGGACUGGCUUUUGGUUCCCUUUCUUGCCAUUUCCAAAUAAACUUGGCAGAUACAGAAAUAAAAAUUGCCAGCUUUCCAUGCUAUAGUUUCCUACUCUCUAACUGCCUGAUUUGGCAAGGGUGGCCCUGGUUAAUCCUGUUGUCACUUUCACAGCCACUUUUAAAAUGUCCCAGUUUCUUUCUUCUCCAACUUUACACCUUUGUCUUAUCUUGCUGUCUCAUCACACCAAAGCAUGGAUCCACUUUAAAUCCAGUUUCUGCCUCCUGCAGAAUUCUGGGAUUUGUAGUUUGGAGAGGCCCAGGACCUGUCUGGCUGAGCUGUUUAAAGGCCCCUCCCUAAAGUGGAUGUAAAGUGGAUCCAAGCUCUAUUGUGAUGAGGUCCUUACUUCAGUUGCAGCAAGCUAAGUUCAAAGUGCAAACUAGUUUGCACUCAGUUACCUCAGAAGAAAGAAGAGGAGAACAAGAGAUGGAAUCUUGCUCAGAUAUUCCUAAGCAGUUCAUAAAUGCCACACUUUCUCUUCUUGGAACAGUGUAGCUUUGUGUGUUCAUUCUCAUUAAUAACUUUUGCUCUGCCCAUAUCCUUUUCGCCUUUUCAUGUUAUGUUGUUUGGCUAUACUGUUCUGGUUGUCAUCUGUGAAAUGUUGACAGGGAUGUAUUUUACUUCCCUUCAUAGAGCCAGGAAGUGUCCCUUUUCACUUUGACAAGUGGAGCCGUAGAGUUUGAGUUCUGCAGGAAAUAAAUAAAAAGCCAGAAGGGGACCCAUGCCAAUAGGGGUCCGGGAAACAGAGUUCAUCCCGUCUUUUGGCCUAGCAGCACAAUCCUUUGCAUGCCUAAUCAGAAGUAAUAAUCACCACUGAGUUUAAUAGAGCUAUUCGCUGUUUGAGGAUUUUUUUUGUGUGUGUCAGUCAUGACUUGAGAAACUACAAGUCAUUUCUGGUGUGAGAGAAUUGGCCGUCUGCAAGGACGUUGCUCAGGGGACACCUGGAUAUUCGGAUGUUUUUAUCAUCCUUGUGGGAGCCUUCUGUCAUGGAGCUGGAGCUGAUAGAGGGAGCUCAUCUGCGCUCUGCCUGGGUUGGAUUCAAACUGGCAACCUUCAGGCCAGCAACCCAACCUUUGAGUCAGCAGUCCUGCCAGCACAAGGGUUUAACCCACUGCACCUCCAAGGGCUCUGCUGUUUGAGAUAGGACAAGGCCAAGGAGAUCAUGAAUGGAUAAAGUGUGCUAGAAGCUUCUAUUAGACUAAGACUCUCUUACCCCGUACCCUCCAAAAUUUCAGUGAUGAAAACUGGCACACGCAUGGCCAAGCAACAUCGGAAUGUGGUCAAGAUGGCAAGAGUUAUUGCUGAGGAAGAAAAGAGAAGCUAGGACAUACUGUAACUGUUUGCUCUUUUCUGAGUCUAUAGGAAAGGGCAAGGAUAGGUACAUCCCUGUCUUCUCCCCUAUUAACUAAGUUCAAACCAGUUUUGAGCUUUGAACUCAGUUUGCAAAAAGUAAAGAAAGGAGAGGGCAAAGGGGAGACGUGGAAAGAGGAGAGGAAAAGUGGGACAUUUUAAAAGCAGCUGAAGAAGUGGCACGACAGAAGAUUUAUCAGGAGUGCUCCUGCCAAAUCAGAACAGUUGGAGGUUAUGUUCCCCUACUUUUUCUCAAGUCGCUACCUUUUGCACAGGCAUUCUCUUGUUACCUUCAAAAUGCUGCAAAAAGGGCAAAAAUCCAAAAGCUGAACUGCUUCAUCUCUUGGAGAUGCUGCAAUGGGGGGAAGGGAGAGAUCGGCUGGGAGUUAUGCAGCUCUUCAAGACACAAAAGCCUGUCCAUUAAGAGUUGCGGCAAUGGGUAAUUUUCUCAGCACACGGACUGCUGAGGGAUCACCUCAGACAAAGUCACUUGGGCUUCUUACUGCAGAGUUCCUUUUACAUUACUCAGGGUAUAAAUGGCCCUUCUUCCCCCACUUCAGUGCUUAACUCCUCCGGUGAGUUAAGCUCUAAAUUUGUGUAUUCCAUCUCCUUUGAGAAAAUCUUUUGUAUCAAUGGAAUCUGAUCCUUGAAGGCUGAUACAUACACACAUAGUCAACACUUGCAGCCAUUAAGUGAAAGUAUGCAUGUGCCCUCUCUGUUUUUUCCCCCCAUAUGUCUGUGUAUAAGUGCUGAGCUGUGAUUCUUUUGAGAUAAGGACAAAAGCCCAUACAGAAACAGGGAAAGUAGCAAAUUAUUUUGAAGUAAGUUGGCAGUUAUGUUUCUGAGAAAUCCCUAUGCCUUAAAGACAGGGAUGGGCACUAGCAGUCAAGGUGGGGGCCAACUCAUCCCCAGAUGUGUAGUGGGUAGCAGUUUUCAACAGAAAAUCACACCCCAAAGUAACUAGAAAUGAUAGAAAAAUCAGAAAUUUUUUUAGUGUCAGGAGCAACUUUUGUGCAAGUCGCUUCUGGUGUGAGAGAAUUGGCAGUCUGCAAGGACAAUACCCAGGGGAUGUCCAGAUGUUUGAUGUUUUACCAUCCUGUGGGAGGUUUCUCUCAUGACCCCACAUGGGAAGCUGGAGCUGACAGAGCUCGCCUGUUCUCCCCAGAUUUGAACCACCAACCUGUCAGUCAGCAGUCCUGCCAGCUAAAAGGUUUAACCAAUUGUGCCAUUGGGGGCUUCACAUCCAGAAAUGACUAGAUGUCUAAUUUCCAGAUGUGACUUGGGGUAUUUCAGGAUGUUUUGGAUGGGUAGAAGGUGUUCAAGUAAACCCACCACUGGGAGAGGGGCUUCAGAAGCACAAUAUAGCAGUUUGGGGAGCAAUUUGGUCCAGAGCUUGAUAGGAGGGAGGGUCUUCGAGGUUGAAAAAAGGGUGGCCUGUUUUCCCCAUUCUUGCUUCAUGAGUUGCAUGGAAACAGAACCCAUUCUACUUUUAGGUCCGGCUCCAAAUGUUUGAGCAGUGAUAGUCCCCAACCAAGUCCCUUGACUGAGCACUUUCUUAAAACACUUGUACGUUACUCAACCUGGCCUCCUACUCUCAGGUGCAAUGGAGAACCUUGCCUCAAUAGUAUCAGCACUGAAGUUAAGUUUUGUAGAUGGAAGGUAGGAGAUGUCAUCUUGCCCUGUGCCUCAGACAGCAACAUUUUCAGGCAUUUUGUUUUUUCAGAAGGGGUAAUGCUGUCACAAGGCUGGGGAAAGUGUGGCUCUCCACAAUGUGAUGAAUUCCCAACUCUGAGUUCAAAUUAGCAUAGUGAUUUCUGAUGGAUGAUGGGAGCUGCCAUCCAACAGCAUCCAGAGGGCCACACAUUCUUGCUCUAAAGGUACUAGCAAAAAUCCCAUCCAUGACUGAUGACAAGAUUUUCUCCUCUGCCGCUCCUCAAGGCAUGGCAAUCUAGCUUUGACAAGCUGGUAUUUGAGCUGUUCUGGCCUGUCAAAUGGGAAAAACCUCAAUGCAGUGAAGGUAAAAUGUUCCAUGUGUAACCAUGAAUAAAGUGUUCUUUAGCCUGUCAUCGUGGGGCAGGCAUUCCUGGCUUUUCGUAGGUGCAUGCCAAGAAAAAAGGCGAGACUUUAAUCAUCCCGCUAUUUCCAGGUCUUGAAAGAACCACACCUGUUUAACCUUCACUCCCACGAGAUGUUAAAAAUUGUAGGAUCCCUGCAAGCGAGGAGAAAAGGUGGCCCAUGAGGACUUCAAGACUGAAAACCCUCUUUUAAAGCCUCACUUCCUUAUGGACACAAUCACCUCUGGGGUUUGUGGGAAAAAAGUCUUCUAAGGGCUAAAAGCCAUCUUGUAUAUUUACAGAAACGAAAGAGAAUGGAAAUGGGAGCAUCUUAUCAGCACUGAAUCGGAAAGACUGUUUGGGGGCCGAUGUGUAUGCGGCGCAGGCAUACAAUUCCCAAAGGCAAAAUAUUACCUGUUACAGGAUCUCCACCAAACUAAAGGAAAGGAAGUAGGGCUGUUCUGGUGGUGCUACAAGAGUUAUAUUUGCACACACACACACAUGCACGCACACAGAUCUUGGUAGCUGCUGAGGAUAUCCUUCUCUAUAAGCAAUUAAGAAGUUAAAUAGGGAAUGUAACUUUUCAAAAACCGGGGAAGGCGACGAAACCUGCCACUGUGAGAAAGGCGAGUCUGUAGCGAAGCAAAAGUGGAGCCUACAAUCAUGGAGGCAGAGCUGUGGUGCUGGAUGGGACGGGGCACUGAUUCUAUUUUCUUAGUCUGCAUCCUAGAAAUUUUGGGGUGAAUGGGGUUAGGGGACAAGGGGGAUUUAAGGGGAGGGGUAGGGGUUUAAUUAAUCAACCAAGGGGACUGGGUUUUUUAAUUAAUUACAAUAAAAUUAUUAAUUAUUAUUAUUAUUAAUUAUGAUUAAUAUGAUUAAUAAAAAGUCCCAACCCCACCCUCUCCUUGCUAUGGAGGAGGGAUUGGGACACAACAAUCCAUUAUUUACUCUGUAUUAUAAUGUAAAUAAGACUUCAAUAAACUUUAUUUCAAACAAGAA